GCAAGUAUAAUCACUUUCAGUUUCACUCAGUAUCCGUGAAUUGCAAGAGCCAUGGCUGAACAGAAGCAAAGUUUUUAUCCUCUAAAGAUUGUGAAAUACUUUGUCAGUGACUUUGUGGAUGGUGUUAUUGAUGACCUGAUAGAGAAGAAUGUUUUGAGUCCAAAUGAAAUAAAGGGUUUAGAAAAAGAAUUUGCUAUAAUUAUGAACCAGGGUGAGGACCUGAUUGGUACACUGGAUCAUAUAAUUCAAGGAAGUAAAAUUAUUAUGAAGAAAUUGUUGCUUCCCCCGUUAGAAGCAAUUUCAAGAAAUCAAAGUGAAAACAAAGCUUUGGUUCCUUCCCACCAGUCAAAGACAAUGGAUCAUAUUUUAUCAGUCCUUCAGAACAUAUGUGAUUCUCCAGAAUCCUUCCAAAGUUACCAAAAGAGACUCAGCAGCACUAUCCUUAAUUUCUUUAAGAAGCUUGAUAAUAAUGCAAUAAAGGCUCCUGUAGGCUCAAACCAGGUCAAACUUUGCAGACCAGAUUUCUACCAUGGGCUGAAGGAAGCAAAGGAAGAAGAGAUAUAUCCAAUAAUGGAGAAGGGAAACCGUGUACGUCUAGCUCUCAUUAUCUGUAAUAUUAUGUUUGACUACCUUGAUGAACGGCAUGGAGCUCACCUAGACAUUUGGGAAAUGUGGAAACUACUUGAAAACCUUGGAUAUAAUGUGGUCGUUAAAACAGGCCUUACAGCUCAGGAAAUGGAGUCAGUGUUGAAGGAAUUUGCUGAUCUCCCAGAUCACUGGGCCUCAGACAGCACCUUCUUAGUGUUCAUGUCUCAUGGAGUAUUGAAUGGUAUCUGUGGAAAAUCACAUACAAAGCAACAACCAGACCUACUAGAUACAGAUACUAUCUUCCAAAUUUUCAAUGAUGGUAACUGCCCUAGUCUAAAAGGUAAACCCAAGGUCAUCAUCAUCCAAGCAUGCAGAGGUGAGAAUCUUGGAAUCACAUAUGUGAUGGAUAUGUCAGAGACUUCGACAGGCACACCUAGACAAACUUUACAAGAUUACUCAAGAAGUUACUCCCUGGAACAAAAACAUAUGGAGAAAGGUUUCAUUUUAUUUUGUUCUACAACACCACAUAAUGUUUCAUGGAGAGUUGAUAUAUUGGGUUCUGUCUUCAUCAAUGAACUCAUUAACUGCUUCCAAAAAUAUGCCUGGUGCUGUCACCUGGAGGAAGUUUUCCACAAGGUCCAGAAAUCAUUUGAAAUUCCAAAGAGCCUUGUCCAGAUGCCCACCAUAGAAAGGGUAUCCAUGUCAAGAGUUUUCUACCUCUUCCCAGGAAUAUAAAAUUAAGCAAUAAUACCAUCAAUUAUUAACAAUUCAGUGAGAUGAUUCAGGGCAAUUCCAAUGGUCUUGUGAUGAAG